AUGCCCACUGCAAAGGCAAUCCUGAACGGCAUCAUUCUCGCCGAAACCUCUACGUGGGAGGAAGUCGAAGGAAACAUCUAUUUCCCCCCAUCGGCGAUAAAGGAGUCUCUUUUCGUCAAGUCGGAUCACACGACAUAUUGUGGGUGGAAGGGCGAUGCAAAAUACUUUUCCAUUGUUCUUGGAGAUGAGACGACUCCAAAUGCGGCGUGGUAUUAUCCAGAGCCGUUUGAUAAGGCGAAACAUAUUAAGGAUUUUGUAGCUUUUUAUCCUAAUAAGAUCGAUGUUAAGGUUGAAUGA